UCAGGAAACUGCGAAUCUUCGCGGCUCAAUCUCGCCAUACACAGAAGAUGUAGGGGUUUCACCGAUGGAAGCAUGCGAAGGCGCUCCAACUCUGCAGACGCAGCCUUCCGAUCACUCAGAAAGUUAUUUCACCAAGAUCAUGAACCGUCCAAUACCCUCAGACAGUGAUUCCAACUGUGUGCCAAUGCACAGCGCGGUCGCACGUUUGCAUCGAUACCGUGACACUUCGAAACAAAAUCUGCUCACCGUGGAUGCCUCAAGCGCAGAAAGAAAAUGGCAAGCUUAUCUCACCAGUGUUACUGACAAUUACGGUCUCGAUCGCGGUCGUCCCGAUUUGGACCUGAAUAAGAAUGAUGAUCAUUCAGCCAUCGACAUCAACUAUGCCCUUGACUUAAUCAACUCGCAGAAAAUUGACCCCUCGACGCGCGAUGCAGAAGAUAUCAACCUGGAAGACGCGGAGAAGGAGGCAUUCGACCGCAGCAAAUACAUGUACUAUGCGUCGCCUGUACCGAUCAACAUUCCACGCUAUUUGUCGCCGCUGCCGCCGUCGCUAGUCAAAACACCAAUUAAUCUGAUGUACUUUCAUCAUUUCCUCAAUCAUACGGCUAAAAUGUUGGUUCCGCAUGAUUGCGACGACAAUCCGUUCAUUUCUGUAUUGCCCACGCUGGCCAUUAGUGACUCCAACCUUCUCAACUUGACAUUAGCAUACUCGGCUAGUCAUCGGGCUAGAUAUCUGGAGCAUCCGGAACCCGCAAAUCGAAUCGCACAUUGGGUGAGCAACGUCUUCCCAGCUCUACGCUUAGCCCUGGAGGACACCCAUGAGAAAGUUACCGAUAAUCACCUUGCUGCCGCUAUUAUGCUUCUGUCCUUGAAGAUUGUCUCACCAAGCACCUUCGAAGUCCCAAUUCCAUGGCAGAGCCACUUGAAGCUCGCCCGAGAUUUGUUCGUUGCCCGAAAAGAGCACCUGGCCUAUCCUGGCAACCUCGUAGGUGCAUUCCUGACUCGAUGGCUGAGUUAUCUCGAUAUUGUUGGUUCACUAUCUUGUCGCCACAGCGAACCUCCCUCGUUGGACUAUUCCUCCAUCCUUCGCGCUUGCAGUGGUGACGGGGAGUAUGACGAGUUUCAUAUAGACUGUUUCACAGGAUUCACGCCAAGGACCGGCCAGUUUCUCACGCAAGUCGGGAGACUGACUCAUCAAUGUGAUAAUGAACGGUUCGAUGGGUUGGGGGUCUUUGACUCGGACUGGAAACCUUCUCCUGCUGCAAUUGUUGCCGGCGAAGCACUCUUGUCGGAUAUCGACCUGUUGGAAACACAUGCCCAUGCCAAUGAUACACACUUCCAUUUAGGUAGCAUGGACAGCCUUGCUAUUGACAGAGCGUUUCGUUAUGCUGGACUCUUACAUCUCCAUCGUCGUGUCCUUAGCACGUCACUUUUCUCGGAGCCGGUAAAAAGAGCUUCGAGCGAGCUGUUUGAGGCAAUGGUUGAAAUCAGGAACGGGGCCUCUGCUGAAGUCGGCGCGUUGUUCCCUUUGUUCACAGCUGGGUGUGAGAGUAUCCAUCCUCAACAACGGGCGGAUAUUCAGGAGCGUUUUGAGUUAUUGGAGAAAACUGGUAUGAAGCAGAUACAAAAUGCACGCAGGUUGAUGCAGCGUUCCUGGGAUGAGGACCUUCCAUGGAUUGCACUGGCCGAAGGAGAAUUUCUGGGGUAACUGAUUCAUUCUUGUUCUGGUUGCUUCGAUCCUAGAGAGAACGUCAGAUACACCUUAUACUUCGAACAUACCGGAUCGGAGAUACUAUUGCCAUUCCUUCUCCUCCCUGUUCACUUAGCCAGGAAUUGAGUCUUAUGGAUGUUGGGCGGCUGACUGUUUUUCGUGUUGUGAUCUUCCUAGUACAUACAUAUGUACCAUUCGCGUUGUAUCUACUCGAGUUCCGAU